UCCAAGUCGCACGUAUCCAGUUGUUUUGCGCAAAAUGGUGAAAUGCAGGCUCUGCAACAGUUUGUAGCAUUUUCUUCCGCUUAGCAAGAGAUAUCACAACACCUGAGGUCGUCGUCUGCAAAUGGCUCGACGGGGCCCUCCACCGACUGACUCACAGAAUGGCAUUCAAAUGCAACAUCUGAACCAUGGGUACAUGGAGCCGGCGGUUGAAGAUGCUGACGGUUACGUGGAUCCGACGGCUGCCCAGACGGCUGCCCAGAUCGCUGCUUCGUUCGAAGCACCCAGACGUCCAAGCGUUCCCGCGCACACGAAAGAGAUUAUAAAGCAACUACCCUCCAGGAAUCUAGAUGACCUGAGCACGGCAGAACCACACAGCAUUGCCCUGGAGCAAGCGACGGCAGACACGCCUGCGACGACGAUGCGGACACGCUUCGACGCGCGUUACCUGACCUUGCGAGUUCGCAACGCUGCAGCCCACAAAACCAGCGACAUGAACGCCGACGACUUGUAUAAUAUCUUGAUGAGUGACCCUCACCUGAGCAAUCAAGCAGCCCUGCAGACUUUGCGAGACGCCAAGCAGAGCCUGACGCUGAAGCGGUCGGUGCGGAGACGCCUGACGCAGAGAGACGCGAGGGAUCACGGCCGUAUCUCCUGGUGGCGUAGGACGCGAUAUGGCCUUGCUCUGGUAUUCGAGAAGGCCAAAUACGGAGUGAAGGACGUGCUCUCCCAUGUGGACCUGUGGCACUCUCACCUGAAAGUUAUUCAAGGGAACUAUGGUUCGGGUGUUACUUCCUACUUUCUCUUCUUGAGGCGCAUGUUCCUUCUCAACCUUCUCCUGACUGUACUCAUGCUAGGCUUUGUGACGAUACCUCAAAUAAUCUACGACUCAGUAGCGGGUGAACGACGACGUCAGGAAGUGGGCUACGUCAACGUCGUCGUCAACGUCUUCACCGGGGCGGGGGCCUUCUAUGACUCGCUGAUGUACUACGGGCACUACAGUAACGAGACGUUCUCUCUGAAUGGAAGCCUCCACUAUAACAUGCCUUUUGCCUACCUGCUGACCAUGGCGUGCUGCAUACUUGCCUGUCUCGUCAUCUUGGCUUCUAGUCUGACCAAGUCUUACAAGCGCAACUACAUCGAGACCUCCAUGGGCACCCGCGACGUCUACUCCACAAAGGUGUUUGCCGCGUGGGACUUCAGCAUCGAAUCCAGGGAAGCCGCCAUGCUCAAGUCACGGAGCAUCUACAAUGAGCUCAAGGAGCUCCUGUCACUGGAGAAACGCGCGGAGACCAAAGAGCCGUUCGCCGUGCAAGCCGCGAAGCUUGUCUGCAAAAUUUUCAUCAACGUCGUCAUUCUGGCGAUCAUGGCCGGCUCCGGAUGCUUGGUGUACUUUCUGCUCAGCAAAGCGUCGCUCGAGAAUGAUGUUCCUGUUCUGCAAGAGAUGACAGUAGCACUUGUAGUGGGUGCCCUGUGCUUUGUGAUACCAACUGUAUUCCUCGUACUCUCGACCUGGGAAUUCUACAGAUCCGUACACAUUCGUCUCUAUAUCAAUCUAGUCAGAGUGACCUUGAUCAAGGUGGUAGUGCUGGGGGUGCUGGCAUACUUCUGGCUCAGUUCUUCUCACGUGAAGGACCAGUGCUGGGAGGACGGUCUGGGUCAAGAAGUUUAUCGCCUCCUCAUUGUGGACACAGUGUUUGUGUGGUUCCUAACUAGCGGGGUGUGGGAAUUCGGCCGAGGUUUCGUGUACCGGUACCUCACCCCAAGUAUAGGAGCUCCCGAGCUCGACGUUGCCCACAACACGUUGGAUCUCAUCUACACUCAGACUUUGGUCUGGUUCGGCAUAUUCUAUUGCCCGUUCCUCCCCCUGGUGGCGUCCCUCAAGCUGCUGGCAACCUUCUACAUCAAACGUGGCAGCGUCAUGUGGACCCAGCCCUCGGUCCGGCCCUGGCGUGCUGUCCACGCCCAGACGGUCUUCCUCGUUCUCACCUUCUGCAGCUUUGUGCUGGGCACGGGCGCUCUGGGCUACGCCGUUCUCUGCAUCCAGCCUUCUGCCGUGUGCGGACCUUUCAGGGGAUCCACGACCACGUAUGACUCCGUGCUCCAAUCCCUGUCUGGCCUAUUUACUGGUCGCCUGUUGACCUACGUCCUGUCGCCGUUUGUCGUCUUUUUGGCCAUCCUCGUUCUGGGACUGGUUCUGUACUACGUGCGAGCGUUGGCAUCUGCGCACGGAGAGAUGGUCAGACUCUUGAGGGAACAACUGAUUCUCGAGGGCAAGGACAAAGUAUUCCUCCUGCAGCUGUUUGAGAAAGCCAUGGAGCAGCGGAUGCCCAAAGCGAAGGACUCUCCUCAAGCCCAGGGUCAUUUGCUGCCAGUGUCUCGCGGAGGGUCGUCCGAGGGCUCGCCACGCAGGGGUUCCGCGGUCGACAGUCUUCCGCGGCGCGUUCACCAGCAGGGUUUCCGCUACCUUGUCGCCAAAGACAAGUCUCAGUGAACGUCGUCAUCUGCGUGCAUACCCGUUGAGGAGACGACCAAAAAACGCCCGUCGGGAGUAGAAAAAUACGUCUAGUCGGCACCGUGCGUAACGAACGGUACACCCAAAAAAGCACGGCUGUCUCCGGCGACGUUGCAGGUGCCUUCCCGCCUGCCUUUCGUGGACAAUGGAAAAAAAAAACUCUUCUCAUACGGGGGAAUGAUUACGUUUACGGGACAGUAGACAAUGUAGAAAGAUGCCUAUCUAAUGGGGUUAAGUGCCAAAGGGUUGCCUACGGACGUACGGCAGAUGUGAUGUUCGUUAAUUUGACCCUGACGCAACUGGAAAGUUGGAUCAAGUUAAAGAAGCCGUGCAAAAACUAUUGAACUCAACUCCAUAGAACUACUACCAUAUAAAUAUAGAUGGGACAUUUGAAUACUAAGCCAGAAAACCAAGUUAACUGAAGUCAAAUUAACGACAGACAGCUCUAAUCGUUCUGGGCUGCACGCCUAAAGUGUUAUUAGCAGCAAGUCGCCCAGUUCAUCAAAGAGGAUACUGCAGUAACAUGGAAAUACUGACGCGUCAAGAACCACAGCAAUGCAGUUAUAAGUGCCUUUGAGCUGCCAUGUGUUGCCUUAUUGGGUCGAUACCUAAGAGAGUGGACAUCACCCUCUUAAUUCCGUCCAUUCCGAGGGUAUGUGUGCUGUACGCACCAGCAAUUCAGAAUGCUGUGAAAUGGAACAUAGAAAAAAAAAAGGUUUCACUUUUUGUAGUAAUUUUUGCUGAGCAGUGUCUUCACUCAGUGACUUCAAUCGGGCAUUUGUGCAAUAAACAAGAAAUGUGCA